AUAGACCUCUGCGGAGGCAAUCCUCUCGACACUCAAACGGGCCAUAGCAUACAUACCCCGCCUAGUCGGCUUCUCCCAGAACCAUCAGACUCCCCGCAUGUCAUUUCCAACCGUCCAAACCCCCACCGCCUUCCCAACGUUCCCCGGAACAGCAGUCCCCUCUCCACCACCUCCCUACACUGCAACGCCCCCCUGGCCGCAUCCCGACGUCGACGAAGAUGAUCAUCCGAUGCUUGCUUGCCCCGUAUACCCCCUCCCAUUACAUAAUUCCUUCUCGUACAAGCGGCCAGGGUAUGAGUUUGCCAUGCCGGCAGUGAGGAAUUUGAAGAGGAAGGCUAGGGAGGGGGAGGGUGUGGAGAUGGAUAGUGGGAAUGGGUGGAAAGGGAAUGGGUAUGUAGGCGGAGAAGGGGACUUUGGGCAGCAUCAACAUCUUAAGCGUGCGAGAGUGGAGGCGAUGGAGGGACAGCCUGUGGUCAAGGAAAGGCUGCUAAGCCGCUCUGCUGAAGAUACAUUUGCAACCCAUCCGCCGGCGGAUUUCCCACAACCGGAUAUCGCACAACAUCGCAUUCAACAAUACCACAUCCCACCACAUCACGCCCCACAACAGAAUCACAUCCCAUCUGAAAACCCACUCAGCUCCAUACGCAUCUCCACACGCUCCCUCCACCAACCCAACCGGCACUCACAAUCAACCCCAGAUGACAUAAAUCCCCACUUACAACACCCCAACCCAUACGCUGACAUAAACACAUAUUUGUACGAUCUGCACGAGACACGUCGGCGGGCUGAUCUGGAGGCUGGGCCGUCGUUUGGGGCUACACAUACACACCAUCAACAGCAGUAUUCACCGCCGACUGAGAUAGGAGGGACGGGUGGCACCUAUGAGGGGAUAAAUGGGAUGCUGAGGGCUUUGCAUUUCGCGAGGAGAGGGGUGGAGGGAUGACCAAUGGGAGUUGUAUAGUCGGUUGGUCAUGAAGGGCAACCAAUCCGUGUUGACGUGCUCAGCAUAUCGAAUUGUGGUGUCUGAAUCACGAAUACCAUUUGCUUAUCAUAGAUUCAUCU